AUGGAGACGACGUACAGCACCGCCAGAGUAUGUGUCAAAGGGAAGUGUGAUCUCGAAUUGGAUCCAGAUUUGGAUAAAAUAAUGGCCGAUUCGAAAGACCCGACAGAGUUAGAGGAGGCGUGGGUCAACUGGAGAGACGCCUCCGGAAAGAAAAUGAGAAACGAUUUCAUAGAGUAUUACACUUUAGGCAACAAAGCGGCCACUCUCAACAAACUGCCCGAUACAAACGGUACAAUACCGGCCCACUUAUUGGGCAAUAUGUGGGCUCAACAAUGGAGCAAUAUUAUGAAUACCGUUCCCGGUGUCGAUCCAUACCCUGAUGUUACUACCAUUGAUGUGACCGCCGAAUUAGUGAAACAAGGAUACGACGCUAAGAAAAUGUUUGAUUUGUCGGACAAAUUCUUUGGCGAUUUAGGUCUCGACAAAAUGACACAAACUUUUUGGGAUAAAUCUGUUAUUGAAAAGAAACCAAAUGUGGAAAUGGUCUGUCACGCAUCCGCCUGGGAUUUCUACGCCACAGCCGGGGAUGACUUCCGUAUCAAACAGUGCACUAACAUUAAUAUGGAGGACCUGAUCACCAUUCACCACGAAAUGGGACACAUCGAGUACUUCAUGCAAUAUAAGACCCAACCCGUUAUCUAUAGGGACGGCGCCAAUGCAGGUUUCCACGAAGCAAUUGGUGAUCUGUUGGCACUGUCUGUGUCAACGCCGGCACAUCUCCAGAAGAUCCCAGAGAAUUGA